AUGCAACUUCGAGCAGGGAUGGCCCUCCUCUCCCCGGGAGGGAGGCUGGCGCUCCGCCGGCCUGCCGUGGCGCCGGCGGCGGCGGCGGCCGCGAGGAGCAGCCGAGCCUUGCUGGGCACCAAGGCCAAGCAAACGGCCGGCGAUGGCAGCGGGUUUGAGAUGCCUUUCAAAUCCGUUUUGGCGGCGAACAGAGGGGAGAUCGCCGUGAGGAUCAUGCGGGCGGGCAACGAGCUCGGGCUCAGGACGGUGGGAAUCUUCAGCAAGGAGGACCGGUUCACGCAGCACAGGUACAAGGCUGAUCAGGCUUUCCUCGUGGGGCAAGACAAGAGCCCUGUCGGCGCUUACCUCGAUGUCGAAGGUAUCGUGGCCAUGGCGGUGGCGAACAAGGUGGACGCGAUCCACCCGGGGUACGGCUUUCUCUCUGAGAGGACCGACUUCGCCCAGCACUGCAAGGACAACGGCGUCACCUUCGUCGGACCCACCGCCGAAAACCUACAGACUUUCGGCGACAAGACUUCGGCGCGUGAGCUGGCCAUCAAGCAGGGCGUCCCCGUGGUCCCCGGCACCGACGGUCCCGUGACCACCAUCGAGGAGGCCAGGGACUUCAUUGAGGGCACUGGAGUCGGGUACCCGGUGAUCAUCAAGGCGGCCAUGGGCGGUGGCGGGAGGGGUAUGCGGGUGGUGACGGCCUCGGCGGAGCUGGAGAAGAACUUCCAGCUAGCAACGUCCGAGGCCCUCGCGGCGUUCGGAGACGGCAGCAUCUUCAUCGAACGCUACGUCAAGGACCCCCGGCACAUUGAGGUGCAGAUCCUCGGUGAUGGCACAGGUGACAUCGUGCACCUGUACGACCGCGACUGCAGCGUGCAGAGACGCCACCAGAAGGUGGUGGAAACAGCACCGGCCAUGCUGCUCAAGCCGGAGACGCGUCAGGCGAUGUUCGACGACGCGGUGCGGCUGUGUGCCUCGGCCAAGUACCUCAACGCCGGCACCGUCGAGUUCCUCGUCGACCAGGAGGGCAGGCACUACUUCAUCGAGGUGAACCCUCGCAUCCAGGUGGAGCACACGGUCACGGAACAGGUGACCCAAGUGGACCUCGUCCAGACCCAGAUCCGCAUCGCCGCGGGGGCCACCCUGAAGGACCUAGGCCUGGUCCAGGAGAACGUGAAGGUUGGCGGGGUCGCCAUGCAGUGCCGGGUCACCACCGAGGACCCUUCCCAGGACUUUAAGCCCGACACGGGUCUGAUCGAGGUUUUCCGCUCCCCCGGAGGCAUGGGCAUCCGCAUCGACGACGGACCCGGGUUCCAGGGGGCCAACAUCAGCCCGCACUACGACUCCCUGCUGAUGAAGAUCACGGCGAGCGCUCCCACUCGAAGGGACUGUGCGUCGAAGCUUACCCGUGCCCUUGACGAGAUGCGAGUCAGAGGCGUCACCCUUAACAAGCCGUUCCUCCUCAACGUCCUCAAGCACCCCGACUUCGUGGACGGGACUGUCAACACUUCCUUCAUCGGCGAGAACCCGCACCUCCUCGCGCCCAUGCGCGUCUCCAACCGGUUCCCGUGGCCAAAAAUGCUCAAGUACAUCGCGGACGUGAUCGUGAACGGUCCCGACCCCUCCCUCGGAGCCGUUGGAGGCGAGCCGGCCAUCGUCGACCCCACCGUGCCCGCCCUUGACCCCAUGACCGACAUGCCCAAGAAGACCGAGCCCAGCCUGCGCGACAUCUACGUCAAGGACGGGCCGGAGGCGUUCGCAAAGGCGGUCCGCAGCAACGAGGGUCUCCUGAUCACCGACACCACCUGGAGGGACGCCCACCAGUCGCUGCUGGCCACCAGGGUCCGGACGAUCGACCUCCUCAACGUCGCCCCGGCCACCUCGGUCGCUCUCCGAAAGGCUUACAGCCUCGAGUGCUGGGGCGGGGCCACCUUCGACGUGUCGAUGCGAUUCCUCAAGGAGUGCCCCUGGGACCGUCUGGCGAAGAUCAGGGAGGCGGUGCCCGACAUCCCAUUCCAGAUGCUGCUGAGGGGGGCGAACGCCGUCGGCUACACCUCGUACCCGGACAACGUGGUGUUCAGGUUCUGCGAGGAGGCCCAGAAGGCCGGCAUGGACGUCUUCCGCGUGUUCGACAGCCUCAACUACCUAGAGAACAUGCGCCUGGGCAUCGACGCCGUGGGGGCGGCGGGGGGUAUCGUCGAGGCUGCCGUGUGCUACACCGGGGACAUCUUGGACCCUACCAGCGAGCAGUACAACCUGGACUACUACCUCAACUUCACGAGGCAGCUCACCGAGCUCGGCAUCCACGUGCUGGCCAUCAAGGACAUGGCAGGCCUUCUCAAGCCCGAGGCGGCCACCGUGCUGGUGUCGGCUCUUCGACGGGAGUUCCCGGACCUGCCGAUCCACGUGCACACGCACGACACAGCGGGGACCGGGGUUGCCUCUAUGCUCGCGGCCGCAAACGCCGGUGCGGAUGCAGUGGACGCGGCAAUGGACGCCAUGGCCGGCACCACCUCGCAACCCAGCAUGGGUGCCCUGGCUUCCUCUCUCGCGCGGUCCCCGCUCGACACGGGCCUCGAUAUGGACGAGAUCACCAAGGUGAACGACUACUGGGAGGAGUGCCGCGGCCUGUACGCGCCGUUCGAGAGCGGACAGAAGUCGGGAUCGGCGGACGUCUACAACCACGAGAUGCCAGGGGGACAGUACACGAACCUCCUGUUCCAGUCCCAGCAGCUGGGCCUCUCGGGGAGGUGGCCCCACAUCAAGCGUGCCUACGCCUCGGCCAACCGUCUUCUCGGUGACAUCAUCAAGGUUCUCAAGGGCAAGACCCUCCCCAACGGCAAGUCUUGCUUCGAGGGGCGCCCGGGAGCGGAGAUGCCUGACUACAAGUUUUCCAAGGAGAUGCGCCAGCUGGUCGGAGAGCACGGUGUCGCGGUGACGGAGCAGGACCUCAUCAGCCACGCACAGUACCCGGCGGUCUUCAAGGAGUUUACCAAGUUCCGUGAGGAGCACGGGGACCUGUCGAUCCUCGACACCAGGACAUUCGUCUCCGGCAUGAAGACGGGACAGGAGAUUUCGGUGGAGAUCGAGCACGGAAAGGUGCUGUUCAUCAAGCUGAUGAGCGUGCAGGAGCCCGACGAGGAAGGGUCUCGCAGCGUGACGUUCGAGCUCAACGGACAACCUCGCGUGGUGCGCGUGAAGGACAAGUCUGUUGCCGGGUCGAUCACCGCUCGCGGGAAGGCUGACGACUCCGUCGUCGGAUCCGUCGGUGCCCCCAUGCCCGGCGUGGUGGUCGGAAUCAAGGUAAACCCGGGCGAGACGGUCAAGCAGGGGCAGCCGCUGCUGGUGCUGUCGGCGAUGAAGAUGGAGACGAACGUGGCGUCCCCUGCGGACGGCAUCGUCAAGGCGCUGCACGUGAAGGAGGGAGACAACAUCCAGGGGAACGACCUCGUCGCAGAGAUCGACGUCUAAUGCUCUGAAGACUAGCGAGGUUUGCCGCUGCGUCUUUUAUUUAUUGAUUGGGCGAUGGAGAAGCCUUUUUUUUUUUUUCUCGUGUUGCUUUUUUCUGGUCUUUCUUCUGUGCCCGUAGAGUAGACGGGCGAAGAUUGAGAUGAUAUUUUUUGUAUUGUCGUAGGGCGAUGUAGGAUCGCCCCCCCUCCACCAUCCCUUCCCCGAUGACAUCACUGCUGUCGGAACGGCUUUUUGUUGCGCCAUGUUGUUGUGGGUGUAGACAUUGAGAAGGCGAGAGCCUAGAAUAGAGCGCAGAGAGGGUCUAUCUCGAAAAAGGACACGUUUUUUGCUUUCUAGCGAGAAGGAGCGGGAUAGGUAUGUAGGUGGAUGACUCGGGGUUGAUCCGGCGAUCGAUGUGGGGGCAUUUUUUGGGGGGGGUCUGGGGUCUGGUCUCUUUUCUGUUGGCAUUUCUAGUUCCCGCAGGGUGCACGCAGAUAGGAAGGUUUGGCACACACCGGUGUGGGCAGCAGCUGGCGCCUCGAUCGUGCCGAUUUUGUUCAACGAAUACUAUAGUCGUUGGUGGUCCGCGCGUGAUUGCGUCCCACGCGCCAGGACCGCACAGACCUUGCGCUUUUGGCUUUCGGGAGAAUAUAGCUUGCUGUGUUUCGACGCAGGAAAGAUGUUGCCGUGUUGUCGUUUCGGCUCUCUUGUCCUUGUAGCCUGUCGCGAGCACACGGUAACUUUCAUUGCGAGGGAAGAGAGGAGGUAGGCGACAACUGCCACCACGUGGACGGACCAGCGCGUGAUGGACGUGGGUGGGGAUUGGUUUAUCCGGCACCACCGUAGGUGUGUUCGAGAUAUUGCUUUACAUUGGGAGGACAACAGUAGUGCAUUGUCUACCGGUACUUGCUUCAUAUUUAGGUCUUUAGAUGCUUCAAUGAUAGAAAUGUUACCCUUGCAAAAAACAGGACAGAGGUUCUAUGGAAUCCUGUCUUUUUUUCUCCUGGCCUGUGUGCUUCCUGCCAUCUCGCUCUCUUGCGCGCGAAUUGUUCCGGGUACGAGUUGUUUG